GAAUAACGACCCGACUCCAAUCCGUAAGUUCGACCAUUUCUCCCUACCUUUCCGGCGCCGGUAUCAUAGAACCUUAAAAAGCUAACUUUGCCCUCUGCGCGUCCACACAGCCCUCCACCACCGCCUCCUGCUCUGGACCUGCGCGCAAGAAUGCGAUUAUACCUGCCAACACAUCACGACGACACUGCGUCUCGAAGCCGGCCAACCCAUCACGCAAUUCCACGGGAAAUGGCCUUUCGUCCGGGUACUAGGCAUGCAAGAGCCGUUCUCGGUAGUCUUCAGCCUCGGGAACUUCCUCGCACACCAGACAGGACUGGCCCGGCUGCGUGAGCGCGUGCCCCCCAGCUACCCGAUGCGGUGGUACUACGAGCUGUUCGCGUACUUCGGGAUGGCGGCGUGGGUGUUCAGCUCCAUAUUCCACACGCGCGACUUCACCUUCACCGAGCAGCUCGACUACUUCGGGGCCGGCGCAAGCGUGCUUUACGGCAUGUACUACGCGCUCGUGCGCGUUGUUCGCCUCGACCUGCCAACGCCGCGCCGCCGUAGCGUCCUGCGUCUCUGGACCAUCUUCUGCUGCGCCCUGUACGUCGGCCACGUCGCAUAUCUCAAGCUCUGGCGUUGGGAUUACACGUACAAUAUGACGGCCAACCUCGUCGUGGGCAUGGUGCACAACUUGCUGUGGUCCUACUUCAGCUGGGUGAAGUGGCGGGAGACCGGCCAGACUUGGGCUAUUUGGCCGAGUAUGCUCGUCGCGUGGAUCAUGCUGGUCAUGAGCUUGGAAUUGCUUGACUUCCCGCCGCUGUGGGGAGCCCUAGACGCACAUAGCCUGUGGCAUCUUGGUACGAUAGCGCCAGCUAUUUUAUGGUACAACUUCAUGAUCAAGGACUCUCAGGAGUUGGCGAAACACGCGAAGAUCAAAGAGAUUAAGGCUUGAUGUACGCCCAACCUGCUGACAAAAUUUACUUGAAUCAAAACAAUUCGGUUGUUGUUUUUCAUGUAUCAUAUCAACGAGCACUAAUAGAAAUGCGUAUAUAUCAUGACCGUAGGCAAAGAACAUAUUAGAACCAUUA